GUAUGGCCACGAAGUGCCUAUAUUGGCCCUAUGAAAUAACAAAAAAAUAAAUAUUAACCAGGUUGAUCCUUUAUAGCUAAAACAUAUCUACCAAUAUUGUUGCUUGUUAUUAUUUGAAAAAAAAUUAUUUUGAUGACGUCACUAAUGUGACGUAACACCCGACAUCAAACCGAAACGCUCAAAACAUCAAAAUUCUCGACGAAUUUCACACUUCUUUGUCCAAUUUCGCAUUGGCCGCAGGCCUCGACCAAAGUAAUUCUUAUCUCAUUUUCAUUGUUUGACAAUUUGAAAUCGUUUGCAACAAUAUUUAGCGUGGUCGAGGCAUGCGGCCACAUCGAAAAAUAAACUUUUGCAAACAAGCAAAUCCGGAUUCGACACUGUCAUUUCUGAGGUACGAUAGAUUAUGUGGCGAAAUGUCUAAUACAUUUACCACAAACUUACAUUAAAAUAGAAACAAUCUAUAUAGUUCAGCUUUUUAUAAUAUUUUGAAUAAAUUUCAUCAUAUUUCUGUUUUUCUUGUGUGUGUUUUGAAAUUACAUUGCGCAUGUUUUUUGCACUUCUUCCAAGCAGAAACAUGGAUGUACAGGCAUUUGCCGGACGGUGACAUAUUCGAUAUUUUUUUUACUUUCUCUGACAUAGACUGUAAACCAUUAUGUAAAUCGUGCAACUGAAGUAUGCUUUUCUUGGAGAUUACGUAUUAAGAAUGCCUGGAAGCGGUCCAAAGUCUCACCCUUGCGUUCUAUGCAACAAAAGGACUAAACCACACGAAAGAAGAUCAGUCAAUAAAUCUGUAGCAAAGUAUUUGAAGAAGAAUUUUUUGAUUACACAUAAACAAGAAGAUAAGAUAUGCAAUACAUGUAGACACAAAUACUAUGUUAAGGAAACCAGACCAUCUCCUGUUGUACAACAUUUAUUAUCUGACGAUGAAGAUUAUGUUCCACCAGCAAAACGUAGAUCUACAGUUUUAUCUAGUCCACCAUCAGUAUCUCUUUCAAUACCUUCUACAUCAAAAAGCCAUUCAUACUGUUUCAUAUGCAAAAAGCCUGGACCAAAGCUAAUUGUUGUUCCGUCGCAAGCAAGAUUUUCUACCUUUCUUAAAAAAGAGGUUAUAAUUCCUGCAGGAUGUCGUUGUUGUCCGGGACAUUUGACGGAAGAUACUUUUACAGAAGAUGCAAUUAGUAAAAUAAACUGUACAAAUGAUAAUGUCAUCCUUAACAGAUCUACAAUUAUGGAUCUUUUGAAGAAGUUAAGAUACACAGCCUUACAAAAUGAACAAUCAAGAAUUGACUUUGCUACAGAUAAAGUUUUAUCUGACUCUGACUUUAUCAAUUUAACCGGUAUAAAUAAGGACAACUUCAAUGAUCUUCAUUCCUACAUCAAAACUUUAGUAAGAAAUACACCUACA